AUGCCCAACGUCACGGAGGAGUGGUAUGACAGCCUGCGCGGCUGGCGCAUGGAGCUCUUCCUGAUCCCGGCCUCUGUCCUCACCGCCCUCACGCUGGUGGCCGACCCCCUGCUGCUGGCCUGCAUCCUCUGCUCCCGCGCCCUGCGCCAGGAGACCCGUUACCUGCUGCUGUCCAACGUCCUGGUGGCCGAUGUGCUCUUCGUGGCGGUAAACCUGGCCAUCCUGGUGUGCAACGCGCACGGCGUCCGCAUGCUCCGGCCGUUCUGCGACCUGGUCACCGCCGCCUCCGUCACCGCCUACUGCGGCGGCGUCCUCACGCUCACCCUCAUGGUGGCCGACACCUACGCGGCCGUCCGCUGGCCGCUGCAGUACCGCGCCCGCCUCCCGCCGGCCCGGACCCGGCAGGCGCUCGUGCUCGUCUGGCUGGUGGCGGCCGUCUACCCCGUGUCGCUGGUGAUCGCCAUGGAGGUGCUGGACGACAGCGCCCCCUGGAGGCCAGCCGUGUGCCUGGUGCUGCUCUCGCUGGGCUCCAUCGGGAGGGAGGCGGAGGCCGGCGUGCACGUCUACUACGCCGUGGGCGCCGUGCUCUGCUCGGCGCUCAUCCUCUACUGCUACGCCCGCCUGUACGCCGUCACGCGGACCUCGGGCAUUUGGCGGAGCCGCUACUCGCGGGCCCGGCUGACCCUGCUGGCGCACGCCGUGGCGCUGCUGCUCUACUUCGGCCCGGGCCUGGUCUUCACGCUGGAGCUGCACCUGUUCAGCGAGGGCAGCGCCAGCCAGGACGUGCGCGUCUGGAUCAACGCGGUCAACAUGAACGUGCUGAUGCCGCUGCCGCGGGCCUGCGCGCCCUUCCUGUACGGCCUGCGCUACCGCGACAUCCACGACACGCUGCUGCUGCUUCUGCGCCGCCGCAGGCUGGGCCAGGUCACAGUGGCGUGA